AUGCCGUCUCCAGAGGACGAGCAGCCCGCGGCGGCGGCGCAGCGGAAGACCGCGCCCGAGGUGACGCUCCACACGAACAUCGGACCGAUCACGGUCGAGCUGUACUACCUCCACUGCCCGAAGACGUGCCAGAACUUCAUCGAGCUCGCGCGCACGGGCUACUACAACGGCGUCGUGUUCCACCGCGUCAUCAAAGACUUCAUGAUCCAGGGCGGGGACCCGACCGGGACGGGGCGCGGCGGGGCGUCCAUCUGGGGCGGGAAGUUCGAGGACGAGAUCACGCGCGAGCUGAAGCACACGGGCGGGGGGAUCUUAUGCAUGGCAAACAGCGGGCCCAACACGAACGGAUCGCAGUUUUACAUCACGCUCGCGCCGACGCCGUGGCUGGACGGGAAGCACACCAUCUUCGGUCGCGUCAGCGAUCACAUCACGACCGUCGGGAAGCUCGGGAACGUGCCGGUCGACAAGAACGACAAGCCGAUCGACGGGCCGUUCUUCAUAAAGGAGUGCACGGUGCACGACCACGGCAUCAAGUGGUACUGAUUAUUGUACUCGUCGACGACGACGACGACUGGACGCCGCUCGAGAGGGGGCGGGGUGGGGGUCGUUCGUAGCUGCGCACUAGAUAAUAAAGACGGGGACGCGUCGCGACCCGUAAAAAUACUACCAACCACGUU